GGCGUUGCUGUGAAUUACGGGCCAGCACAUCCCCGCGCUUUGGCGCUUGGCUACCUCUCCCGCGCGGCUCUCGACCUCAUCAAGGUACAGAGCUAUCGCCCCUUAAUUCAGACGUCUCUUCCUUGUCGAAACGGUAGCUCAUGGAUGUACUUACUUCGAUGUCGAUGAUCGUAGAUUAGAUUAGAUUAGUACAGAGCUUCUUUGGACAAGGAGCGCUUUCUUGCUAAGAAUCAUAACAGAUAUUCACUGUUCACUCUCCUCACCCACAGGCUGACAUUGCGCCUGAGGUUGUCGAGAAUGUACUCGCGACGGAGAAGAGGCUGCCGGGCAAGGUGCCACCCGUUUCCUAUCGGACAAGAUGCGAAGAGCUUAAGAGAAGCCGCCAACUGGCGGAGAAGAUCAAGGGCGUCACUAUGUUGCAGAAGAGGUGCAAGAUGGUGAAUAAGCAAGCCCGUGCGCAUGCGCUGCAUAAUGACCCAGGAG